CGAUCUUUCAACCCAGAAUUCUGCGCAGAAAGACCUCGCAUGAGUUGCCACACUAGCAACACGUUACUCCUUUUUGCUCAAGCCAUUUUGGCGCAGAGCAGGUUGGUCCGAUUUGUUCGGCUCAAUUUAAUUGCUGAGACUUGCCGCGCCCGCGUUUGUCCUCAUGAUAGAUGUACUGAUGGCGUUAUGGUAUGCGUUGGUAGUGAUUCCAGCCGCCGCUUCACCACAGCUGCCGCCGUACAGUGGACCAAAGCCGCCAUGGCCGUACAGAGGCUACAGUCGCUUUCCCGCCGUCUGGUUCGGGCAAAACCGCAGUGGGCUUGACAGCGCCACAGAGAUGGCUCUCGAGGCCAAGCACCAAAUUGUCGGGUGGGGCUGGCAGCAGAAUUACAACACAGUGGGGAAAUACACAGCGAAUCACACCAAAGGUACGAAUGGCACAUACUACCAGCAAGAGACCUCUCUGGCACAGAUGGCCUCCAGGUUUGCGGCUUAUCUCGAGUUUUCGCCACCAAGCAAUGCGCGCCAAGUGCAGGCCACAUUCGUCUAUCGCCAUAUGGAGGUAGCUGAGUAUUAUUGGUCCCUCGCGGCAGCAGCGUUCCAUGAUCCGCGUAAUGCCGAGAUGUUUCUACACAGCGAAGAUGGUAAGGUCUGCUGGAAAACCAACGAUAUGACGGGGCCGUUCUGGAAUUUUAGCAAUGCGCGGGCCAUGGAUUGGUUCGUAGAGGAGAUCGGCGGGGAGCUUACCCGGGAAGCUGACAUAAACGCAGUCUUCUUCGACGAGACAGAUUGGUUGUAUUGCGGGCCUGUUUUCAACAACUGCAGCCACAAGACCGUCACUGCAGACCAGUACCACCACAAAAUCGAGAUGAUGCGCCGACUCGCUGUCAAGCUCAACGCCGCCGGCAUAUGGCCCAUCUACUCCACAUUCAACGGGUUCCAGGGCACAGAAUAUCGCAACUGCCCCUUUCCUUUCGACGAGUACUAUCGAACCCUGGCAGAUGUAGGCUGGUUCCGGUUUUACGAGUGGGGCAUCGGGAACACCAAGCCUGAGGGCGGGCCGGGAAGUCAGGCUCAGAUUCUGCAGGCGUUGCGCGAAUCUGAGCUGGGUCUUCCCGUUAUUGUGCACGCGUACCUGGACAAGGACGCCAAGCCCCCCAGCACACCGAGGACUCUGCCUUUGGCCUUGUUCCUCCUGGCUCAGACGGACUACUGGUAUCUGGGGAUCUCUUCCGGCUGGAACGACAAGGACUGGUCCUGGUGGCCGGAGUACGAUCAGCACUACGGGAAGCCCCUGGGCCGCGCAACUCAGAUCAUGGACCCUCCCGGUUGGAGGCGGGAGUUCGAGGGCUGUACCGUCACCGUCACGGCGGAUUUGAAGAAUGCGAGCAUCCGGUUCCACAGCCGCGAGCAUGUUCAAUUGCUUGUCUGAGCCGGGUUUGGCAUAGUAGUGUUGGCACUUUGUACUCAGCACGGCCUCGCUCGCAAGCGGAAAAAAAACAGUUGCCACGCGACACAGAAGCACAGGGGGGAUUUUCUGCCGAAGAAGCGUCAGCCUGGCCCAGGAGUUGGAGAAGGA